GAUCUCUCAAUUCUACAUGAAAACGUAGUAUAUAAGCGCAAUACCAAUAUAUAUGCAGCAGUUUUACUUUUGGAAUAUAAUAGCAAGAACAAGAUGGCACUAAACAUAAUAUACAACAAUUACUACUAGCAAUGAGAUAAAACCUUAAAAAUUGCUUAACAUUAUACCAAUAAAAAACCGUGUUUGUUUAUUUAUGUGUUUUAACUGUUUCGUUUGUUUUAUAUUUAUAAAUGAAUAAAUUUUAUUUAUACUUCAAAAUGCAGUCCUCUCGAAUUAAGUUUGUUUUUUUGAGCGCGUGUUUUAUUUACAAUUUUAUCUCUAAUAUAUAAAAACAAAAAACAAAGUGAACUUGUUUUUUAAUAAAGAUGGACAUUCCUCGACUAUCUGUAAUAAAUGUUUUAAAAUGUAAAGAAAAAUAAAAUGGGAAGAUCUAAGUUCCCAGGAAAGCCGAGCAAGUCGGUAAUGAAGGAUCGAAUUCGUGUACUAAACAACAGCGAAAGCGAUUCAAUAAUAAACGCAAAAAGAAACAUUGAAGGCUGCACUUCAUGUUGUAGUAAUAAUAAAAGUUGUAAUUCUGCUGAUUCUAAUAUCAAUUCGAAGAAUAAUAAAACGCAAUUUGUUAAAAAUCUGCAUCCGGAAAAUGGCAAUAUUCAAGUCAAAUUGGAUCAGGGCUGUACCAGCUCUUCAAUAUAUUCAACACAAACUAAAAAUCAUAAUAUCUUUGACGAUAGUGAUGACAAAAUCAAACACAUUAAAAAGAACUGUUCGAUUGAACUGGAACAAAACCAGGAUGAAACGGAGUCCAUCACAAAACUUAAUCACGAAAAGUUUAAACCGAACCCAUUAUGUACUUCAGACAAAAAUCUAAAAAAGAAAACUGUAACAUUCAAAAAUAUUCUCGAAACAAGUGAUGAUACUUUAACAUUUAAAAGUAUUCAUAAUCCUUUGAAUAGAGGUCCAUUAGUUUCAAUAAUGAAGAAAAACUGCAUGAAAUCACAUCAUUAUAUGCCACGAAAUGAUAAAAUUGUUCGUCCUUCCCGACUCACGAAGAUUCUUAAAAAUAAUGCUAACAUUGAUAAAACUAAGUUUUUGAGCUUCCGUUCAGUUAGUUUGCCAAUUAAAUCAUUUGAAUGUUCUGACGAACAGGAUGAUAAUUACAAUUCGGCAUGCAAACUAUUUCUUCCGGAAGAAGGAACAAAUAACAAGUUGAAGGACCAAAAUCAAAAUAUUAAACCCUUUGAAAAAAUCACCAGUGACAACCAAUCUUCGAAAUUGCUGGACAAAUGGAAAAUGCAGAAUUUAGUACCAGACGAAAUUCAAGAUGAGAGUGCCGCAAAUCAACCACAACCCUCAAAGCGAAAGGAUGGCUUGACACAUAGUCAAAUCAUUUUGAGGCAACCUCGUUUACUUCUUGAAACUCAAGAUGACAUUUUGCAAAAUGAUAAGCAUGAUGAUAAGCAUGAUGAUAAGCAAGAUGUAUUGAACGAUGUCAACGAUCCAACUUUUCCAUCCAUAAAAAUUGGUAACAAAAACUCAAUUUGUGGAGUUUGUAGCACAACGGUGAAUCACAAACAUAUUCAACAGAGUCGAAAAUACGGCAUAACUGCAUGUGAAUUUUGCAGAACCUUUAUUUCUAAAAUAAGUAAAAGGACGAUUACAGCAUCCCCUAAUUCAUCAAAAACUUUCAAAAUUCAAUGCAUUAAAAAAGGAGGUGAAUGUUCAAUAACAUCAUUAUCAAGACAAAAUACGAGGAGUUUUAAAAAAAUCUACGACGAAAGAUGUUCCGCAUGUUGGUUAAAAAAAUGUCUUCAAUCAUUCCAUUUUCCUUCUGGACAUAAAUUACGUCUAAGUUCUUUAUUAAUGGAAACUCAAAACAUGGACAUCCAUUCUAUAAAUAAAUCUCAAGAAGCAUUACAUUUAAAAACUGCAGUUGAUUUGUUAAGUGAAAAAUGUAAUAAUGAUUCUCAAGCUAAUUUAUUCAACACAAAACGGAAUGUUGCAGUUAAAGAAAAUAAAGAACAUUCUACACAACAUCAAGAACAAAGUGCUGCGUUGGGUAAAGAAGCUCUUCGAAGCUUUGUUAAAGAUAGUCUAUCAUUUGAAUUAUUUCCCAAAACUGCUGGUACUGAAAAUGGAGGAAAUACUACUAGACUUUUAAAUAAAAAUGCACAUCAAAUUUCGAAUAAAAGUAUAGAACUACCAGAAUGUUCCAUUGCCGCCGCUUCAUUAGAUUAUCCUAAAAGGCAAAAAAUUGCAUUCAAAGGACCAAGAGUCAAACAUGUUUGCAGGAGUGCUUCGAUUGCAUUAGGUCAACAAAUGGCAACAUUUUCAAAUGACGAUGAUGAAUCUUUGCAAUUAAUGCAGUCAAAAUCGGAAUUAGAUAACAGUUCAAUUGAAAACUUUCUUAAUGGAAACUUUUUGUUUACGAAAAACGACCAAAGAUUAUUUUCUGAACAAACAGCAGCUAAAGAAGCAAAACAAGAAGUGCAAAUGCAAUUUGAAAAAGCAGUUACUAAUUGUGCUGACAUUGAUGAUGAAGAUGCUUCCAAGAAAUCUGUGGAUAUUGGACCCACGUUAACAGAUUCCUUGAAAGUUGAAGAGGGAAAUCAAAACAGAGAUGAUGAUAAAAUUAUCUCAAACACAAUUAAAAAUAAUCAUCAGAAUUUAUCCAAUAAGUUUUCUGGAAGUACAAAUGUAUCAAAACCAACACCAAUUCGAAAUAAACGUCCAGCGCCGAAAAAACAUUCAAAUGUUCGGCAGGUCGAUAAUAAAUCGAAAAUGAUUUCGAUUGAUUUUUGGGAUACAUACGUUCCAGCUGAAGUUAACCAAACUGGUUUUGGUUUAAUAUUAACUGAGCCUUUGUCCGUUUUUGCCCUAUGUUUUUUGUGUGGUAGUGUGGAUUUAAAUAAUUUAUUAUUUUGUGUAUGCUGUUGUGAGCCUUAUCACAGUUAUUGCAUUCAAGAAACUUAUAAUAAUAACGAUGCAGAAUUGUUUGAUAAUAAAGAUUCAACAUUUUCAAAUUAUUUCAAUUGGAUGUGUCCCCGCUGCACAGUGUGUGACACUUGCAAUAUGUCGUCAGGUGCUAAAAUUAAAUGUCAAAAAUGUAAAAAAAACUAUCACAACACAUGCAUGGGAACAUCAAAAGGACUCCUUGGCGCCGAUCGUCCUCUCAUAUGUCGAAGCUGUCUUAAAUGUCAGUUUUGUUCAACUACAAAAGUUUCAAAAUAUGUUGGCAAUCAACCAACAUGCUUUCAAUGUUUUAUACAAAGAUGUUCCGUUAGUACCUGUUCGAUUUGUCAGAAAUGUGUUGGUAGUGUUUUAGAUUUAAUUAUUCUAGAAUGUGGUGUUUGUAAUGAAUUCAUACAUGCAAAAUGUGAAGGUCUAACUGAAGAACAAACUAAUUUAUUAAGCAGUAUUGCGGGCGAUAUAAAAUUUGUAUGUAACAAAUGUUCUCUCUCUAAUGACACAUCUAAAGCACUAGCGAAACAAUGGAGAGAAGCUGUAUGCAAAGAGCUUAGAUCUAGAUUACUUCAAGUAUUAAAAUUAUUGAGCAAAAGUCGUGUAGCUGAUAUUCUUAAAGUUUCAAUGAAACACAAUUGCCUUUGUGGUUUUGACAAAACUAUGACAAAGUUUCAUCACAUAAAUGAAGAUUCUCUUAAGUACAAAUUUAAUAAUAUUACCGGUCAGUCGUCAAAGUGUUUAUGUUCGAAAAAUAAUAAUAAUAUCCUUAAACCAUCAGACGACAAUUCGCUUAGCUUACUUGAUAUUAAGAAAAAGAUUGUCAAUGAAGAAUAUGUAUCAUUGUUUGAUUUCAAUGCAGAUAUGAGUGAUGUGAUUAUACCAUUAAAAAAUGAUGAGCUACUUUUGACUUACAAAGAGAUUAUAAGCGAAAAAUUCUCAUGGUUUCAAAAUGAAACAAAAACCUGUACAGAUGCCCUAGAAGAAGAUAUGUUUGAUUCAUGUAGUUAUUCUUUCCAACAGGAAAAUGAUAACAUAACAGAAGAUCAAAGCUUAUCAUCACUAUCAACAAAAUUGCCAUUACCAAUGCCUGAAGAAAAAAUAUUCUCUGCAUUAAAGCAGCAAAAUAUAGAUAAGAGAAUAUGUAUAUUUUGCCAACAAAAUGGCGAUGGCGAAAUGUUACAAGAAUCACGACUUUUAUACUAUGGCUUUGAUUCUUGGGUUCAUGUUAAUUGUGCCUUGUGGUCCAUGGAUGUGUAUGAAGAAUUUGACGGUUCGUUACAAAAUGUCCAUACUGCAUUUAGUAAAGGAAAAAUAAUAAGAUGUGUGGUUUGUAAAAAUUAUGGAGCAACAAUUAAGUGCAAUGUUAAGACAUGUUCGAAUUAUUAUCAUUUUCAAUGUGCUAGAAAAAAUCAAUGUACAUUUGAAAAUGAAUCAUCAAUGUGUUGUUCAAUUCACAGCAGCACAGACUCGAAGAGCUUAACAGAUAAUCCUAUAACUGAACGUUUAAGUGCAUCACGGCCAUUGCAUAUUGAGUGCAAUAAACCACAUAAAAAGUAUGUUGAUCCUAUAAAAGUCCAGUUUAUGAUUGGUUCGCUUUGUGUGAUACAGCUUGGAAAUGUAUAUAUACCAUAUUCCGAUACACCAGAAGCUAUUAUUCCAAUAAAUUUUAUUUGCACACGAUUAUAUUGGUCGAGCAAAGAACCAUGGAAAGUUAUCAAAUAUCGAGUUAGAACAUCAAUCCAGAAUAGCUCUGUAACAUUGAAUCGAGAACAAGAUAGAAACUUUACUGUUGAUCAUUCGAAAACUAAACGUUUAGUCGAAAAGGACUUAUCGCAUAUAUCUUAUUGGCAUAGUACAUUAAUUCGGGAUAGUAGUAAUGUCGUUGAAAAAUCUUUAAACAUUGAACAUAGUUAUUUAAAUAAUUUAAGAUUUUCAAAGAAUAACGUUGAUUUUCGAAAUGAAACUAAUUUUUUGGAUACAUUUAAUGAAGAAGAACCACAAAAUAAUUCCGAUUUGUUGCCACCUGAAAUUGAAGAGGCUAUUUUCGAAGACUUGCCAAAUGAUAUUCUUGAUGGAAUUUCUAUGUUGGAUAUUUUUCCCAAAUUAAUGAUACACGAAGAUUUAGAUGGCACUGAUGGAAAACAAGAUAAAAUUGAUCCGUCCAUAGAUUGUUUUAGCUCUAACAUUAAACAAAAUUUAAAAUCGUUUACUCAAAAACGUGAACUUCAGCGCAGUAAUUCCGAAGUAUUCUUAAGAAAUGUUGAUGGAUAUAGAAGUCAACAGAGAUCAUCAAGUGUAACAUGGGGUUGUUUGAAUGACAAUAAAUAUGGCUUUAAAAAAGAACUGUCUGAUUUAAAUCUUAGUGAAUCAAAGGGAUCUAUUUUAAAUUGCCUAAAGUUUGAAGAAAAAUUCAUCGGAGAUAAGAAGAAUUCAUCAAAGGCAUCAGAAGAAAAUGCAAAUAUCACACAAUUCAAGAAAGAAAAAAUUAAAUUAGUGCAAUUAGAUGGGGCGAAUGAUCAUUUUACAGAUAAUUUAAACGUGCUAAGUGCACAAGAUGCAAAUUCAAAAAAUCCCGUCAAAUGUUAUCGGUGCCAUUGUACAUACAGAAAUUUUGAAUCUUUUCAAAGGCAUUUCGUAAACUGUGAACAAAUGUUUACCAGUGAAAGUGAAACUGAUACAUCGUCCCGUUCACCGGAUACGGAAACUUCUACAAUAGUUGUUAAAGAUGAAUUCGAUCAAAAUCCAUUUUUUAGAAAGCAAAUUGUAUCAACAAACGGAAAAUCAACGACAACGACCCAUUUAAGUAAUUUCUCAGCCCAAUCAAUUUUUCCACAAAGUAUUAAUAUAGAUAAACCGGGUUGCAGCACCAAUGUAGGCGAUAUGAAUUUUAAUACUCUGAGUAGUAGCAUUGGAACUAAGCAAAAAGUCAACAAACCCUUUAUUAAAAAUUCACCAAUAAAAUCUGAAAACUGUAAUUUUGUUGCAAAAAAUACAGACGAGACGGAUGUUUCUCAAAAUAAAAUCAGUAAAAAUUCAAGCAUUUCACAAGAUAACAAGAACGACUAUCGGCACCUACUUAACCAAAGCUUAAUGUUUAAUGAUCAGAGUAAUCCUCAAAAGAUACAACAACAAGAAAACCAACAUCAAUUUGUAAUCAUUCAACAAGCUGCUGCAGGAAAUAGCCAGCCAAUGUAUUUACAUCACGUAUCGAAUGCAUCAUCAAAUAUACCACAAAAUAUAUUUCCAGUUGUAUUGUCAAAUAAUCAAGGGCAAUAUGCAUCAGUUCCAACUUAUACAAAUUCACUUGUGCAAGCGGCACCUAUUUGGAAUUCUGAUUGCAAUGUUAUUUUGUCGCCACAAGUACAAAUGUUGCCUAUGCCAUCAUUGCAAUUACCUACUCAAUCUCCACAUUUAGUUAGUUCCUUUAGCCUUCCACAAGUCCUACAACUUGGAUCAAAUCCAAUGUUAUUAGGAGGAACAUCUACAAUGGAUUUAUUACCGAAUCCCAAUCAAUUGCUUUUAGCAGCAGCACCUCAGCCUAUGUUUUAUGGUCUCGAAACUAUUGUACAAAAUACAGUUAUGUCAUCACAGCAAUUUGUUUCUACAGCAAUACAGGGUGUAUUGAGCCAGAAUGCAAGUUUUUCUGCUACAACAACCCAGGUAUUCAAGUCCAGUAAAUUUGAGCCUGUAAGCGAUACAUCUACAAGUUAUGUUGUUUUAAAUAAUGUUGAUGGAAGUGCAAUAGUGGUCCCACAGUCUAACAUGUUGCCAGGAUUGUUAAAUACAAAUUGUUCCAAUGACUUUCAAAUUGGUUACAAUCCAAAUUACGGGAAUUUAAAUAACCCACAUUCACAGACAAUUAUUCAACAAUCAGAACCAAACAAUAUCUUUCCUCUGAUACAAACAACAUUUCCUGAAAUUAUUAAUACUGCAGUUGAAAUACCAACAAAUGAACUUCAAGAAACUAUUAGUUUUCCCACAAAACAACAGACCGUUCAAUCAGCUGCAGGAGUCAAAAACAGUGUACACUCAAAAAACGAAAACAUGUUAUGUCAAACUUGGCUGCAGAAUAGUUCUACACUUUGCUCAAUGAAAAGACCAUACACUGAUAAUGCGAGUAUAUCAUCGACAAUAACAAAUUGCGUCAAUGAUCAUAAUGCUUCCAGUAAAGUUUCUGAAUUACAAAAUACAUCAUCCCCAGAUAUAAAUGAAACAACAUUAAAACAAAAAGUGCAAGUUGCACCUAAAAAUAUAAAAAGAAAAAAUACUAAUUCAAUUCCUAUUUCAAAAAUGGGCUUAACAAAAGUUAUGUAUAAAAAUGCUCUUCAAAAUGAUUUAAAAUUAAAACAAGAUGUUAUGUUGGAAAGUCCAAAUAACAAAACAGAGAGAUCUUAUGAAUUACUGAACGAACCAACUACAAAAGAUGAUUCAGUUCCUUUCGCAUCAAAAAUUAAUUACAUAAAUGCUCCUGUGAAGAGCGAGUUAAACUAUUCUACAGAUCUAAUGGAAAUUCCUGAUGCUAGUAAACCAUCAGAUACAUAUGAUAUGCCCACAAGUAUUGCAAACCGCAUAGAAAACAGAAAACCAAUUAAUUUAAGUUUAACAAAACUUCCAUUUACAACAUCAUUCGGAAGUACAUUACAUAAUGUGCCUACUAACGUAGUUGUACCUAUUAUGCAAGCAAAACAUAGCAAGAGCACAACAUCUCGACCAACAAACCGAGUGCUUCCAAUGCAAUCGAUACAUAAUAAAUACGAAACAUCACAGCCUAAAAUUUCUCAACAAACUAAAUGUUCGACAAACAAAAAUGUUCAGAGAUUGGCGGCAGCUCCGCUUGAUGCUGAGUUUUUCAAAAUUAUUGCAACUCCUAAAAAAGAAGAAUUUGAUGGCGUUAAUUCAAUGAAAGAUGUUCCAGAAGCUGUUAAGAGUGUUGAUAUAAUAGAUUCCUCGGAAAACACACCGACCCUAGUCCACACUUUGGAUGCAACUAAAAUCAUGGAGCAAAAAACUAUGAGUUUUACGACAGAACCUAAUGAAAGUGUCCUUGACAUCGAAAACCCUCUGGAAAGUGAAAAUGUUGUUGACAGUAAGAAAUCUAUCAGCACACACUCCGACAGUUCCAGUCUUGAAAAUUUAGAAAAUCAAAAUUCCUUACAAACAGACAAGACUAGCGAUAUUUAUAGCCCUUUAAGGGAGACAGUUCCAAUCAAGAAUGAUUUUUCAGUCAAAAACGAAAAUUUCGAAAUGGAAGCAGGCAAUACAAAUCUUUUGUUAGUAGAAGAAGAAAACAAUAAAAAUCAAUCCAUUUCAAUUUCGAAAAGUAUAGAUGUCUCUAAUAUAAAUUUGAUUAAAUCAAAUGAUCCAGAAGAUGAUGAUUUUCGAAAUGAAAUUGAGAAUGUUGAUAAAACUUUUAAAGUUACUGAAAUACCAGAAAUCAAAAUGCCUUUACAAUUCGAAGCUGAUCAACAACAAACAACAAGCACGACGGCGACGUUUUCUUCGAAGAAACCAAAUUCAAUCGAAAGUAUAAAAAAAACUAGUGAACCCUGCUUAAUUUAUGAAAUUCAAAGUGAAGAUGGAUUUAGUUAUAAAUCACAGUCUAUAGCUGAUGUUUGGGAAAAAGUUUUUGAAGCUGUUCAAAUUGCCCGCCGAGCGCAUGGUUUACCUUCAUAUCCAAUUGGAACUUUUGCUGAUAUUUGUGGGGUGCAAAUAUUAGGAUUGAAAACUAAUGCUCUCAAAUAUCUAAUUGAACAAUUGCCUGGAACAGAAAAAUGUCAAAGAUAUACACCCAAGUACCAUGCAAAUGAUUCUCCUAAUGUAGGCAAAGUUUCUACUACGACAUGUGAAGUCGAUAUGGAUGCAAAUAAAUUUGGAGCAGCACGAUGUGAGCCAUUUGCUAAAAGAUCACCAUAUGAUAUGUUUAGUUGGCUGGCGUCAAGACAUCGAAAGCAACCGAAGCAAAUUUUUGUACAACCUUCUGAUAAUGAGUUAAUUGCCAGGAGAUGUACUGCAAAUCUACCAAUGGCUAUGAAAUAUCGAACAUUAAAAGAAACAUGCAAACUAAAUGUUGGGGUAUUUCGGUCUUUAAUACAUGGGCGUGGCUUGUUUUGUAUAAAAGAUAUGGAAGCGAGUGAAAUGGUUAUUGAGUAUGCCGGGGAACUCAUCAGAUCUACUUUGGCAGAUAAAAGGGAGAGAUUUUACGACAAUAAAGGAAUCGGGUGCUACAUGUUUAAAAUUGACGAACAUUUUGUAGUUGAUGCUACAAUGAGAGGCAAUGCCGCUCGUUUUAUAAACCACUCAUGCGAGCCAAACUGUUACUCAAAAGUAGUGGAUAUUCUUGGACAUAAACAUAUCAUAAUAUUUUCUCUGAGGCGCAUAGUGAAAGGAGAAGAAUUAACAUACGACUAUAAAUUUCCUUUUGAAGAUGUAAAAAUCCAUUGCUAUUGUGCAUCCAAAAAAUGUAGAAAAUACUUGAACUAAGUAUUCUAGAUAAGAAAGUUAGUUAUAAACUUAAACUUAGAAGCUAAUUAAUUUCCGUUAAUGUGGUUUUAGUAUGUUAGUAAAAAAGAAAAAAAAAAUCGAAAUUUAAAGUAUUCAAAUUUUGUUAAUUGACUGUAAAAUAAAGAACCUUCUUAUUCAUUGUAAUUUAAAUAUUA